AGAUGCUGACAAUCAGGAAGGCAUAGCUGUAAAAACAGAUGCAUUGUCAAAAGCGUUGAAACAGUGCUUCAUGGCAACUAUCGGAUCGGUAAAUAAACAGUUCAUUGCAGAAAUCAAGGACUGAUUGUAAUGUUUGCUAAGGAAGCAAGCGAAGAUACCGGAGACAACGAAAUAGAAGUUGAAGUUUACGAACCUGAUAGGACAAUGGGCGGAGUAUCUUCCUUAACUCAACAGUAUCCUACAGGAAUCUCAGACACCAUCACAGGAGUCUCUCAAGGCAUUUCAGGCACCACGCAAAUUUCUUCAGGAAUCCCUCAAGACACAGCACUUUCAGGUAUAGGUUAUGGAACACCUUCUGCUGCAGUUACUCCUUCCGGCAUAAUUUCAGAAGUAACAAACAACCUAGCAUCUGCUCUGCUGAGGUCCAACUUGUUUCAGCGAUCGUUUAACAAUAGAGUCCCAUCUUCAAUUUCAACAAGGAUUGCCUCUGAAUUAGCGCAGUCGAUUAUUUCCAAGUUGCAGUUAGAUUACACAACAGCAACGAAAUGCAGAAAUUCCAUAAUACAAGCAGUUUCCGGAAUUAGAAGCGGAUCUGAUACAAGAGUAUAUGCACAAGCAAUAGCAUCGGUUCUUAUCUCAGAACUAGCAACUACUGGCCGACUAAACGCUUCAAACGCAUCCGCCUUCGGAUCAUCUCUACUCUCGGGAGCACUCCAAGGAGCCUAUUCUGCGGCAAGGCAAGCUGGUCUCGAUCUUUCUGGAAUUGACGUUACAUCAGAUAUUUCUUCUUCACUGUCUGCAUAUGCAUCAAGCUCGGCAGCUCCACAGACUGCGUCUGAUACGCAACAAUUAACUGAAGGAAUUUCAGAUGUUUCCAAAGACUUCGCAGGAGGCUAUGAAGCAAUAUCGAAGACUGCCCCAGACUACGGUGUUCCCUCUGCUGUUACCGUACCCUCUGGUGUAAUAUCUAACGUCGCAAAUAACCUUGCAUCCGCUUUGUUAAGAUCCAGUGUCUUCCAACGAGCUUUCAAUUCCAGAGUAUCAUCAUCUGUCGCAAACAGAAUAGUUGCCCCCCUUUCCGGUGUAAGAAGUGGAUCGGACACACGUGCUUAUGCUCUCGCUAUUGCAUCAGCUAUUGCUGCGCAAUUAGCAGCUGCUGGCCGAAUGAAUGCUUCGAAUGCGACUGGCAUCGGGUCCUCUCUUCUGUCAGGUGUACUUCAAGGCACUUAUGCUGGUGCACGGCAAGCUGGUAUCGAUGUAUCAGGAGUUGAUCUGACAUCAGAUAUUUCUUCUUCAAAUUCUGCAUAUGGAGCAGGACCUGCGGUUGCUCUCGAUACAGCUGUAACCCCACAGUUCCCUGAAAGCAUCUCAGAUAUUUCUCAAGGAAUUUCAGCGGUAUCUGAAGGAAUGGCUGGACCUAGUUAUCAGAUGUCGCAAAAUAAUCUCGCAUCUGCUUUGUUGAGGUCUACUAUCUUCCAACGCGCUUUUAAUGCCAGAAUCUCAGCAUCGGUUGCAAACAGAAUAGCUGCAGGACUAGCACAGUCCAUUGCUUCAAGUUUCCAGUUAGAUUACGGAACAACUUCAAAAUGUAGAGAAGCCAUAAUACAAGCACUUUCUAGUGUAAGAGGUGGAUCCGACACACAAGUUUACGCUACUGCUAUUGCAACAACUCUUGCGUCGCAACUAGUUUCUGCUGGCAGACUGAACGCUUCGAAUGCGUCAGGCAUCGGCACGACUCUUCUGUCCGGUGUGCUUCAAGGAACUUAUUCCGGUGCAAGGCAAGCUGGAGUCGAUGUGUCAGGAGUUGAUGUGUCAUCAGAUAUUUCCUCUUCCAUUUCUGCAUACGGAGCAGGUCCUGCGGCUGGACAAGUCAAACCUGUAACAGCUCAGUACAGUGAAGGUAUCUCAGAUAUUUCUCAAGCCAUUUCAGGAGUCCCUGAAGGAAUCACUGGCCCUGGUACGGACUAUGGUGCACCAUCAAGUUUUGCUGCAUCCUCUUCUUUAAUAUCUAAUGUCGCAAAUAACCUUGGAUCUGCUUUGUUGAGGUCUAAUACCUUCCAACGCGCUUUUAAUGCCAGAGUUUCCACAUCUGUAGCAAGCAGAAUAGCCGCAGCACUAGCGCAAUCUAUUGCCUCCACCUUGCAACUAGACUACGGGACGGCAUCAAAAUGCAGAAACGCAGUGACGCAAGCAGUUUCCGGCAUAAGAAGUGGAUCGGACACACGUGUUUAUGCUCUCGCUAUUGCCUCAGCUCUUGCUACGCAAUUGGCAGCUGCUGGCCGACUCAACUCUUCGAAUGCACCUGGCAUCGGAUCAUCUCUCCUCUCCGGUGUAGUUCAAGGAGCUUAUUCUGGUGCAAGGGAGGCUGGUGUGGAUAUGUCAGGAGUUGAUGUAUCAUCAGAUAUUUCCUCUUCCGUUUCUGCAUACGGAGCAGGUGAGACGACCAGCCAGGGUAUAAGUUUAACACCUCAGUACGCUGAAGGCAUCUCAGAUAUUUCACAAGGAAUAUCAGCAAUGACUGAAGGAAUCACAGGGCCUGGUGCUGAGUAUGGUGCACCUGCAACCGGUGUUGUACCGUCAGGGGUAAUAUCCGAUGUUGCAAAUAACCUUGCGUCUGCAUUAUUGAGAUCUAAUAUCUUCGAACGCGUAUUCAAUGCCAGAUCUUCAUCAUCCGUAGCAAACAGAAUAGCUGCAGCACUAGCGCAAACCAUUGCUUCCAGCUUGCAGUUAGACUACACAUCGGCAGCAAAAUGUAAAAACGCAAUAAUGCAAGCCCUUUCUGGUGUAAGAAGUGGAUCGGACACACGUGUUUACGCUCUGGCUAUUGCAUCAGCCCUUGCUGCGCAAUUAGCAGCUGCUGGUCGACUGAACUCUUCGAAUGCGUCUAGCAUCGGAUCUUCUCUUGUGUCAGGUGUAGUUCAAGGCGCCUAUUCUGGUGCAAGACAAGCUGGUGUGGAUGUAUCAGGAGUUGAUGUGUCAUCAGAUAUUUCCUCUUCGAUUUCGGCAUACGCAGCUGGUUUUACAGCUGGUCAAGACACAGUUGUAACAUCCCAAUUCCCUGAAGGAAUUACAGGUAUUUCUCAAGGCAUUUCAGCGGUCUCAGAAGGAGUCGUUUCCCCGGGUGCUGAUUAUGGUGCACCAUCAGGUGGAGCUGUACCAUCUGCCUUAAUAUCUAACGUAGCAAAUAACCUUGCAUCUGCUUUGUUGAGGUCUAAUAUAUUCAAACGCGCUUUUAAUGCGAGAGUUUCAUCAUCUGUAGUAAACAGAAUAGCUGUAACCCUAGCACAAUCCAUUGCUUCCAGCUUACAGUUAGACUACGGGACGGCUUCAAAAUGUAGAAACGCAAUAGUGCAAGCACUUUCUGGUGUACGAAGGGGAUCGAACACAAAUGUUUACGCUCUAGCUAUUGCAUCAGCUAUUGCUGCGCAACUAGCAACUGCUGGUCGACUGAACACUUCGAAUGCGUCUAGCAUCGGAUCAUCUCUGUUGUCAGGUGCAGUUCAAGGCGCCUAUUCUGGUGCAAGGCAAGCUGGUGUGGAUGUAUCAGGAGUUGAUGUGUCUUCAGACAUUUCCUCUUCCAUUUCUGCAUAUGGAGCGAGUUCUACCGCAGGACAGGAUAUAUCUGCAGCUUCUCAGUUUACAGAAGGUAUCUCAGAUAUUUCACAAGGUGUUUCAGGAGUUUCUGAAGGUAUCUCUGGCCCUGGUGCUGAUUAUGGUGCACCCUCCGUUGGUUCUGUGCCUUCCGGUGUUAUUUCCGAUGUGGCAAGUAAUCUUGCAACUGCACUGUUGAGAUCCAAUAUCUUCCAACGCUCUUUCAAUGGCAGAGUUUCAUCUUCCGUUGCAAAUAGAAUAGCUGCAGCACUAGUGCAGUCCAUUGCUUCCAGCUUGCAGUUAGAUUACGGCACUGCUGCAAAAUGUAGAAACGCAAUAAUGCAAGCACUUUCGGGUGUAAAAAGUGGAUCGGACACACGUGCUUAUGCUCUGGCUAUUGCAUCAGCUUUGAUUGCGCAAUUAGCAGAUGCUGGCCGACUGAAUGCUUCGAAUGCGUCUAGCAUCGGAUCCUCUCUCCUGUCGACAAUAGUUCAAGGUGCGUAUUCAGGCGCAAGGCAAGCUGGAAUCGAUGUGUCAGGAGUUGAUGUGUCAUCUGAUAUUUCUUCUUCCAUUUCUGCUUACACAGCAGGUCCUAUCACUGGUGCGGAUACAGCUGCAACUAAGCAGUUUCCUGGAGGUGCUUCAGAUAUUUCUCAAGCCAUUUCCGGUACAGAAGGAAUGACUGCCCCUGGCCCUGAUUAUGGCGUACCAUCCGUCCCUGCUGUGCCGUCUGGCAUAUUAUCCGAUGUGGCAAAUAAUCUUGCAUCUGCUUUGUUGAGAUCUAAUGUUUUCCAACGCGCUUUCAAUGCCAGAGUUUCAUCAUCCGUCGCAAACAGAAUAGCUGCGGCACUAGCCCAGACCAUUCCUUCAAGCUUGCAGUUAGAUUAUGCAACUGCAGCUAAAUGUAGAAGCGCAAUAUUGCAAGCACUUUCCGAGGUAAGAAGUGGAUCCGACACACGUGUUUACGCUUUGGCUAUCGCAUCGUCUCUUGCAACGCAACUGGCAGCUGCUGGCCGACUGAAUGCUUCGAAUGCCUCUAGAAUUGGAUCCUCACUAAUUUCGGGCGUAGUUCAGGGAGCGUAUUCUGGUGCAAGGCAAGCUGGUAUCGAUGUUUCAGGCGUUGAUGUGUCAUCAGAUAUCUCUUCUUCCAUUUCUGCAUUCGGAGCUGGUACUACCGCUAGUCAGGAUGUAGCAGCCGCUCAGCAGUUCACUGAAAGCCUGUCAGAUAUUUCUCAAGGAGUUUCCGGAGUUUCUACAGGCAUCGCUGCCUUUGGCGCUGAUUAUGGUGCACCCUCUGGUGGUGCAGUGACCUCUGGCAAAUUUUCUGACGUUGAAAAUAACCUUGCAUCUGCCUUGAUGAGAUCUAAUGUCUUCCAGCGCGCAUUCAAUGCCAGAGUUUCUUCCUCCAUCGCGAAAAGAAUAGCUACAGCACUAGCGCAAUCCAUUGCUUCUAGCUUGCAGCUAGACUACGGAACGGCAUCAAAAUGCAGAAACGCAAUUAUGCAAGCACUUUCCGGUGUAAGAACGGGUUCCGACACUCGUGUUUAUGCCAUUGCUAUUGCAUCUGCUCUCACUGCGCAGCUAGCAGCUGCCGGCCGAUUGAAUGCUUCGAAUGCAUCCGGCAUCGGAACCUCUCUCCUAUCGGGUGUAGUUCAAGGUGCGUAUUCUGGUGCAAGUCAAGCUGGUGUCGAUGUGUCAGGAGUUGAUGUGUCAUCAGAUAUUUCCUCUUCAAUUUCUGCAUACAGAGGAGGACCAACAGGUGCUCAGGUGACAGAUGCAUCUUCACUGUUGCCUGAAGGCGUCUCAGAUAUUUCUCAAAGACUUUCAGGUACCACUGAAGGAGUCUCUGGUCCUGCUCUUGAUUAUGGUGCACCGUCCGCUGCUGCUCUGCCGUCUGGCAUAUUAUCCGAUGUGGCAAAUAAUCUUGCAUCUGCUUUGUUGAGCUCUAAUCUCUUCCAACGCGCUUUCAAUGCCAGAGUUUCAUCAUCCGUUGCAAACAGAAUAGCUGCAGUAUUAGCGCAGUCUAUAUCUUCCAGCCUACAGUUAGAUUACGCUACAGCUUCAAAAUCUAGAAACGCAAUUAUGCAAGCACUUUCCGGUGUAAGAAGUGGAUCAGACACACGUGCUUACGCUCUGGCUAUCGCAUCGGCCCUUGUUGCGCAACUAGCAGCUGCUGGCCGACUGAACGCUUCAAAUGCGUCUGGUAUAGGAUCAUCUUUACUCUCGGGUGUAGUUCAAGGUGCAUAUUCUGGUGCCAGGCAAGUUGGUGUCGAUGUGACAGGAGUUGAUGUGUCAUCAGAUAUUUCCUCUUCCAUUUCUGCAUUUGGAGCAGGUUCUACAGCCGGUCAGAGUAUAACUGCCGCUCAGCAGUUCACUGAAGGCAUCACAGACGUUUCUCAAGGAGUUUCAGGAGUUUCUGAAGGAUUUGCUGGUCCUGGGGCUGAUUAUGGUGCACCUUCCGUAGGUGAACUGCCCUCUGGCAUAAUUUCCGACGUUGCGAAUAAUGUGGCAUCUGCCUUGUUGAGAUCUAAUGUUUUCCAACACGCAUUCAAUGCGAGAAUUUCAUCAUCCGUCACGAACAGAAUAGGUUCAGUAUUAGCGCAGUCCAUUGCUUCCACUUUGCAGUUAGACUACGCAACGGCAACAAAAUGCAGAAACGCAAUAAUGCAAGCACUUUCAGGUUUAAGAGGUGGAUCGAACACACGUGUUUACGCUCAGGCUAUUGCAUCAGCUCUUGUUACCCAAUUAGCCGCUGCUGGUCGAUUAAACGCUUCAAAUGCGUCUGGCAUCGGAUCCUCUCUUUUGUCAGGUGUGGUUCAAGGUGCCUAUUCUGGUGCAAGGCAGGCUGGCGUCGAUGUGUCAGGAGUUGAUGUGUCUGCAGACAUCUCCUCUUCUAUUUCUGCAUAUGGUGCUGGAUCUACCCCUGGUCAGGAUCUAGCUGCAGGAUCACAGUUUACUGCAGACAUCUCAGAUGUUUCGCAAGGCGUUUCAGGAGUCACUGAUGUUAUAGCUGGCACCGGUGCUGAUUAUGGUGUACCGUCCGGUGGUUCUCUUGCCUCUGAUGUAAUUUCCGACGUUUCAAAUAACCUUGCAUCGGCUUUGUUAAGAUCUAAUGUCUUCCAACGCGCUUUCAGUGCCAGAGUUUCAUCGUCAGUUGCAAACAGAAUAGCGGCAGCACUAGCGCAGUCCAUUUGUACCAAUUUGCAGUUGGACUAUCGAACGGCUUCCAAAUGUAGAAGUGCUAUAAUGCAAGCUCUUUCCAGUGUAAGAAGUGGAUCCGACACACGAGUAUACGCUAUGGCUAUUGCAUCAGCACUUGUUGCGGAAUUGUCAGCUGCUGGUCGUCUGAACGCUUCGAAUGCGUCUGGCAUCAGCUCCUCCCUGCUGUCUAGUGCAGUUCAAGGUGCAUAUUCUGGUGCAAGGCAAGCUGGUAUAGAUGUGUCAGGAGUUGACUUGACAUCAGAUAUUUCCUCUUCCAUUUCUGCAUACGGAGCACGAUCUGCUGCUGGUCUGGAUAUAACUGGCCCUCAGCAGUUUACUGGAAGAAUCUCAGAUAUUUCUCAAACAGUUUCAGGAGUAUCUGAAAGUUUCACUAGCCCUGCGGCUGAUUAUGGUGCUCCUUCCAGUGGUGCUGAGCCGUCUGGCGUAAUUUCGGAGUUUUCAAACAAUUUGGCAUCUGCCUUGUUGAAAUCUAAAGUUUUCCAACGAGCGUUCAAUUCCAGAGUUUCAUCUUCCGUCGCAAACAGAAUAUCUGCAGCAUUAGGUCAGUCGAUUGCUUCCAGCUUGCAGUUAGACUACGCAACGGCUUCGCAAUGUAAAAAUGCCAUAAUGCAAGCAAUAUCCGGUGUAAGAAGUGGAUCGGAAACACGCACAUAUGCUCUGGCUAUCGCUUCGGCUCUUGCUGGGCAACUAGCAGCUGUUGGCCGUAUUAACACAUCGAACUCAGCUAGUAUUGGAUCGUCACUCGUAUCGGGUAUAGUUCAAGGUGCCUAUUCUGCAGCAAGCCAAGCUGGUGUCGAUGUGUCAGGAAUUGAUGUGUCAUCCGAUAUUUCCUCUUCCCUUUCUGCAUACGGAACAAGUCGAACAACUAGUCAAGCAUUAGAUGUCACUUCACUGUUGACUGAAAGCAGUUCAGGUAUUUCGCAAAGCACUUCAGGACUCUCUGAUGGUAUGAGUGGCCUCGGUGCUGAUUAUGGUGCACCCUCCGGUAGUGCUGUGCCCUCUAGCAUAGUUUCGAACGUCGCAAAUAAACUGGCGUCUGCUUUGCUGAGGUCUAACGUGUUCCAGCUCGCUUUUAAUGCCAGAGUUACAUCAUCAAUUGCAAACAAAAUAGCGGCAGUACUAGCACAGUCUAUUGCUUCUAGCUUGCAGUUAGACUACGGGACGGCUUCAAAAUGUAGAAACGCAAUUAUGCAAGCACUUUCCGGUGUACGAACGGGCUCUGAAACACGUGUUUAUGCUUUGGCUAUCGCAACUGCUGUUGCUGCACAACUAGCAGCUGCUGGCAGACUGAAUGCUUCAAAUGCGUCCGGCAUAGGAUCCUCACUGUUGUCGGGUGUAGUUCAAGGUGCGUAUUCUGGUGCAAGGCAAGCUGGUGUUGACGUGUCAGGAGUUGAUGUGUCAUCAGAUAUUUCCUCUUCAAUUUCUGCAUACGGCGCAGGUCCUACCGGUGUUUCGGAAACACCAAUUACUUCACUGUUGGCUGAAGGCAUCUCAGAUAUAUCUCAAGGAAUUUCAUCAACAUCUGAAGGAGUCAUUGGUCCCGGGGCUGGCUAUCCUGCAUCCUCCAGUGUUGCUGUGCCGUCUCGCGUAAUAUCCAAUGUAGCAAAUAACCUCGUGUCUGCUUUAUUAAGGUCUACUAUCUUCCAACGAGCUUUCAAUGCCAGAGUUUCAUCAUCGAUCGCAAACAGAAUAGCUUCAACUCUUGCACAGUCCAUUGCUUCUGGUUUGCAGCUAGACUACGCAACGGCAUCAAAAUGUAGAAACGCAAUAUUGCAAGCAAUUUCCGGUGUAAAAACUGGAUCGGACACACGUGUUUACGCUGUGGCGGUUGCAUCAGCUCUUGCUGGCCAACUAGCAGCUACUGGGAGACUGAAUGCAUCGAAUGCAUCAGGCAUCGGAUCUUCUUUGCUCUCAGGUGUGGUUCAAGGCACUUAUUCUGGUGCAAGGCAAGCUGGUGUGGAUGUAUCAGGAGUUGAUGUGUCCUCAGACAUUUCCUCUUCCAUAUCUGCAUAUGGGGCGAGUUCUACCGCAGGUCAGGAUAUAUCUGCAGCUUCGCAGUUUACAGAAGGUAUCUCAGAUAUUUCACGAGGUGUUUCAGGAGUGUCUGAAGGUAUCUCUGGCCCUGGUGCUGAUUAUGGUGCACCCUCCGUUGGUUCUGUGCCUUCCGGUGUUAUUUCCGAUGUGGCAAGUAAUCUUGCAACUGCACUGUUGAGAUCCAAUAUCUUCCAACGCGCUUUCAAUGGCAGAGUUUCAUCUUCCGUCGCAAACAGAAUAGCUGCAGCACUAGUGCAGUCCAUUGCUUCCAGCUUGCAGUUAGAUUACGGCACUGCUGCAAAAUGUAGAAACGCAAUAAUGCAAGCACUUUCGGGUGUAAGAAGUGGAUCGGACACACGUGUUUAUGCUCUGGCUAUUGCAUCGGCUCUUGUUGCACAACUUGCAGCUGCUGGUCGACUGAAUGCUUCGAAUGCGUCUGGUAUCGGAACCUCACUUCUGUCGGGUGUAGUUCAAGGCACGUAUUCUGGUGCAAGACAAGCUGGUGUAGACGUGUCAGGAGUUGAUGUGUCAUCAGAUAUUUCCUCUUCAAUUUCUGCAUACGGAGCAGGUCCUACGGGUUCUCAGGAGAGAGAGCUUUCUUCACUGUUGGCGGAAGGCAUCUCAGAUAUUUCUCAAGGUGUUUCAGGUAUGUCUGAAGGUAUCUCUGGCCUUGGGCCUGACUACGGUGCACCUUCCGCUGCUUCUGUGCCUUUGGGUGUUAUUUCCGAUGUGGCAAAUAAUCUUGCAACUGCACUGUUGAGAUCUAAUAUCUUUCAACGCGCUUUCAAUGGCAGAGUUUCAUCUUCCGUCGCAAACAGAAUAGCUUCAGCACUAGUGCAGUCCAUUGCUUCCAGCUUGCAGUUAGAUUACGGUACUGCUGCAAAAUGUAGGAACGCAAUAAUGCAAGGCCUUUCGGGUGUAAGAAGUGGAUCGGACACACGUGUUUAUGCUCUGGCUAUUGCAUCGGCUCUUGUUGCACAACUAGCAGCUGCUGGCCGACUGAAUGCUUCGAAUGCGUCUGGUAUCGGAACCUCACUUCUGUCGGGUGUAGUUCAAGGCACGUAUUCGGGUGCAAGACAAGCUGGUGUUGACGUCUCAGGACUUGAUGUGUCAUCAGAUAUUUCCUCUUCAAUUUCUGCAUACGGAGCAGGUCCUACGGGUUCUCAGGAGAGAGAGAUAUCUUCACUGUUGGCUGAAGACAUCUCCGAUAUUUCUCAAGCUGGUUCAGGAGUGUCUGAAGGUAUCUCUGGACCUGGGGCUGACUACGGUGCACCUUCCGCUGCUUCUGUGCCUUCGGGUGUUAUUUCCGAUGUGGCAAAUAAUCUUGCAACUGCACUGUUGAGAUCUAAUAUCUUCCAACGCGCUUUCAAUGGCAGAGUUUCAUCUUCCGUCGCAAACAGAAUAGCUUCAGCACUAGUGCAGUCCAUUGCUUCCAGCUUGCAGUUAGAUUACGGUACUGCUGCAAAAUGUAGGAACGCAAUAAUGCAAGCCCUUUCGGGUGUAAGAAGUGGAUCGGACACACGUGUUUAUGCUCUGGCUAUUGCAUCGGCUCUUGUUGCACAACUAGCAGCUGCUGGCCGACUGAAUGCUUCGAAUGCGUCUGGUAUCGGAACCUCACUUCUGUCGGGUGUAGUUCAAGGUACGUAUUCGGGUGCAAGACAAGCUGGUGUUGACGUCUCAGGAGUUGAUGUGUCAUCAGAUAUUUCCUCUUCAAUUUCUGCAUACGGAGUAGGUCCUACGGGUUCUCAGGAGAGAGAGAUAUCUUCACUGUUGGCUGAAGGCAUCUCAGAUAUUUCACAAGGUGUUUCAGGAGUUUCUGAAGGUAUCUCUGGCCCUGGUGCUGAUUAUGGUGCACCCUCCGUUGGUUCUGUGUCUUCCGGUGUUAUUUCCGAUGUGGCAAAUAAUCUUGCAACUGCAUUGUUGAGAUCUAAUAUCUUCCAACGCGCUUUCAAUGGCAGAGUUUCAUCUUCCGUCGCAAACAGAAUAGCUGCAGCACUAAUGCAGUCCAUUGCUUCCAGCUUGCAGUUAGAUUACGGCACUGCUGCAAAAUGUAGAAACGCAAUAAUGCAAGCCCUUUCGGGUGUAAGAAGUGGAUCGGACACACGUGUUUAUGCUCUGGCUAUUGCAUCGGCUCUUGUUGCACAACUAGCAGCUGCUGGCCGACUGACCUCUUCGAAUGCCUCUGACAUCGGAUCGUCUCUUCUGUCUUCUGUAGUUCAAGGCGCCUAUUCUGGAGCAAGACAAGCUGGUGUUGAUGUGUCAGGAGUUGAUGUAAGAUCAGAUAUUUCUACUUCUAUCUCUGCUUUCUCUUCAGGUACAUCAUCUAGCCAGACACCAUCCGUAUCCCUGCCGUUACGUGAUGGAGUCUCCCAAGGUCUCUCGGAAAUCUCUCGCGGCAUCUCAGGUGUGUCUGAAAGGAUAUCAGAAUCUGGUCUUGACUUCGGUGGACUCUCCGCUGCUUCGCCUGAUAGCUCAGCUCCCUUUACUUUGCCAGCUGCACUGCGUUCCCCUGAUGUCACUUCUAGAGUGAAUUCUCUUACAUCUGCAAUUGUUAGCUCAAUUGGACCUAAAGGCGUUGAUAUGAAUGCGUUUGGUUCAAGACUUGUUGCUAACAUUUCAAAUAUGCUUAAUAGUGGAGCGUCGUCUUCGGAAGCUGUGGUGGAAACCCUGAUUGAGACUAUUGCUGCCCUUUUGCAAGUUGCCAGCUCUGCUCAAAUUCGCUCGGUAAAUACCUCUUCGACUUCCUUUGUUGUAGGGAAUUUAGCUAGAGCUUUGUCUUCCGUAUCUGGUUGAAACGCUUCCGCAUUUCUGUAUGCUUUAUAAUGAGAUAUUUAGCCUAUUUUUUCCUUUAAAUUGUAUUUAAAGUAAAAUUUAAUCCUGUAAUCCUUAAAUUUCCUGUAAUCCGUAAUUGUUGUGAACUAAAUAAAAUUUUUCUUGCAUCUA